UGAUUUACGUUGGCCGCUCUAUCCCAACUCCUGUUCAUCUUGCUGAUACCUUUAGCCACGACGCUCUAUCUCCCGCAUCAGGCAGUCUCGCUGGUUAUCGGAGGCCUCAGCCAGUCAGCGGCCUUGCGUGGAGAGCAUGCCGGGAGACAGCCGCCGUGUGCGGGGCCCGGAGGAGUCGCAGAGCCCGCUGCUGUACGCCGCCCCCGCGGAGCCCCCAGCGGGCAGGACGGGGCGCGGUCCCGGGGAGCCCCGGGCGGUGUUUGCCCGGGCAGGUCUACUCAGCCAAGCGGCCGGCUCGGCGUACCUUGAAGCCGGGGGCACGAAGGUGGUAUGCACGGUGUCCGGGCCCCGGGAGCGCGGCGGGGAGAGCAGGUUGGUGUGUGAUCUGCGCUGGGCCCCGUUCUCCCGGGCCUCCCCCGGCCUUUCCCCUCGCCAGGCCGGACUCCUACUGCAGGAGAGCCUGGAGCCGGCCGUGCGGCUGGAGCGAUACCCCCGGGCGGAGCUGGCGGUGUGGGCGCUGGUGCUGGAGGAUCGGGGGUCCGCGCUCCCAGCCGCCAUCUCCUGCGCAGCCCUAGCCCUGGCCGACGCCGGCACCGAGAUGUACGACCUGGUGGUGGGGACCGGCCUGAGCCGGGGCCCCGAGGGAGAGCUGCUGCUGGACCCGAGCGACGCUGAGGAGGAGACCGGGGCUACCAUGAGCCUCAGCCUGAUGCCGGCGCUCAGCCAGGUCUCCGGACUCCUGUGCAGCGGGGAAUGGGAAGGAGAGAGCUCGGUAGAAGCCAUUCAUAUGUGCAUGGAGGGUUGUCAGAGACUGUACCCGGUGCUGCAGCAGAGUCUCCUGAAAGCAACGAAGCGGAAAAUCCCUGUGCCGCCACCUGAAUCCAGCUAACGGCACCGACCGGCAACCCAGCCUGGGGUCAGCGGGACCGUCGCUGCCGUGUGAGACAGUGGGACUGAUUGGCAGGCGUGACGCCGCAAUGCGACUUGUAGUGUUGUCUAAUUACAGUAUAUUUUAUACAGAGCAGCCGCUGGGAGUGUUGUUACUGAGCCCCCGACGUCUGCAUCUUACAGCUGGAUAUAAGGGUUUAUGGGAUGUCACUAAUUCCAGCGCAGAGUCUCGUCCUUGUUUCCAGAUGACAAACUAUGGACACUUGGCAACGCUGCGUUCACAUGUUCCUGUAUAAAGGGGGGACCCUGCAGGGAGAUCACUUGUAAUAGUGCACUAAUAGAACGUUCAGAGCAAGAGAAAUAAAAGUAGCAAAAAUA